AUGGAGGAGUUUAAUUCAAUUCCAUUAGGUUAUAGAUUUUUACCAAAAGAUGAUGAGCUCAUUGAGCAUUAUUUGAUGAAGAAAAUCAAUGGUGAAAAAUUACCAAAAAUUAAUGAUUUUCAAGAAAUAUGUAUCAAUAGUUAUCACCCUCAAGAAUAUUGCACGACGGAAAAUAAACACAAAAGAGGGGACAAUUGGUAUUUCUUCACAAGAAGGGAAAGAAAGUACAAAAGAGGAGGUAGACCAAAUAGACAAGUGGGAGGCAGCAAAGGCUUUUGGAAAGCUACUGGCAAUGAUGUAGAAAUAAAGAAAAAUGAUCAAAUUAUUGGGUACAAAAAGACACUUGAUUACCAAGAAGAAAAAGGAAUUAAAUCUAAGUGGAAAAUGCAUGAAUUUCGUAUUGAUAAAAAAAGUUCUCCACACGAGUUGGACAAAAGUGUAUUGUGCGAGAUCUAUAUCAACAAAAGGACCAAUAAUAACGAUGAGGAUAUUAUUCAAGCUACGAGCGAUAAUACUAAUGAGGUUAGAAAUGUCAAUGACAAUAUUUUUAACAAUAUUAUUCAAGCUACGAGCUAUAAUAUUGACGAAGUUAAGUAUGUCAAUGGCUAUGAAAAUAUAAUUGAUCAUGACGAUCCGAUUCAUGAAGAAAAAUUGGAGCAUGGACAAAAUUUUGUAGGUAUCAACAACAAUUUGGAGUUUUAUGACAAUCGUCAAUUUGUCCAAGAAAUUACUACUCCAAAUUUAAUUUCAUCAUCAAGUAAUCAUGUCGAUGAUAAUGUUUAUCAUUAUAAGGGUUUUGAUGAGCUUGGUGUGGUGGUACAACAAUAUGUACAUAAUGUUAGUGACAAAAAUAAUAUUAUUCAAGCUACGAGCGAUAAUAUUGAUGAGGUUAAGAGUGUCAGUGACAAUGACAAUAAUGUUUAUGAUUUUAAGGGUUUUGAUGAGCUUAGUGUAGUGGUACAAAGUUAUGUACAAAUGAAAAAAUGA